AAACUCCCGAAGUUCUAAAACUGAAAACCUAAAGAGGGAGAAAGGCGAGUCGUCGUCGUCACCAUGAUCAGCAUUUUAGCGCAGGAACGCAUUCUCGGUGCGGCUCUGGGCUCUGCAUGUGUGGGAACAAUCGUCUUUGAGCAAAGGAGAGGGAUACAUGGUUCCAUUGCUGAUGAUAAAUCUGAUCAAAUUAAAAAAUUCGAGCAGAAGCAAAACCCAUCGGGGAAGAACAUCACACCUGAUCUUGCUAUUUUUUGGAACAAAGCUAUUGAUGGAACACUCGGGCAAUUGGUUGCGUAUCUCAGUUUGCGUAGGUGGUAGCAGAUUUGUGCUCUGCCCCAGUUACUCCCUUUUUGCCUUGUAAGAAAUAAUUUAUUGCUGCAAAUUAUUUAUCAAACAUAUAUAUA